CUUGAAAAUAAGCAUAAACAAUAGCUGGCAAAAGAGUGGAAGACUGCCGCCUUGUUCAACUUUUCCAUCCAAUCGCCUCCUUCACAGUGAACUUCAUCUGUGACCUUUCUGUUCAACUGAGCAAUUCGUGAGAGUGGUGCGGUGAGUUAUUUCUCCUCAUUUUCCAUGGAAGUUCUACUCAUCGUUAUGGUGAUAGAAGAGGAUUUCCGAAUCGUGGUUUCUAUGUGUCAGCGAUUGGAGACUCUGGAAUGUAGCACCCAAAAAUGGGGAUUUGAGGCUUGGAACUUCUGCAACAAAUUCAGAGAAGAAGCUCCAAAAAUGGAUAGCCCCAAGCUGGCUUACGGCGCUCACCUUUCUUUCUCCCAUAAUACACGGAAAGGUUAUAUUCUCUCUUUCUUUCUCUCCUUGUUCGUUAAUACUGGAAAACAUGUGCAUCUUGCACACUGUUUUGGAUUUUUGGAUUAAUCAUUCAGUGGCGAAUACAUCUCGUAAAUUAAGAAGUUAACUAGCUUUAGUAUUUGGUAUGAUUACCGUAUGAAUAACAUCAUGAUCAACCAAAGAAACAAACAUGUACUUGGGGUGAGUGGCAUUGGAGGGACUGAACUUUACUAAUUGGGUCUUGGGUACAUGAAUUGAACUAUAUGGACUGUUCCAAGAGGAAUUCCUUAUGAUUGCUUUCAUAUUAUUCGCCCAUAAAUUCACAUGCAUACCCAUUGUUUCUAUUGUUCUGAUGUCCUGUUUGGGAUGAUGGAAUUACUUGAAUGAAGUCGUUAGAGACUUGGAUUUACAAUUACAUAUACUUUUCAACUUGAUAUUUUUCUGAUUGAAGCCAUUUCCAUUAUUGAAAAUUGAAGGAAAAUCCUCCCCCCACCUUAUGCAAUUCGUGAUUUUAAUAAAUUGGUGAUUAGGGAUGAUCUACACCAAUUUUUUCGUUUUUUGAAUUGUUUUGCUCUUUGAUACAUCUUUCUUAUUACAUAGCCUUAUUUUUCUGAGUUUCCUUCUAGUGCUCAUCCAUUAAUAUGUCAUGUUCUAGUCUAUUUAAGUGAGUUUUACUGGUCUCGUAUACUCUAUUUAAGUUUGUGCUAGUCUAGGUUUGACAAGCUAACAGGUCUCAAUUCGAGCGCGAUGUCAUUUUAAUUAGUUUUAUAAAAUUUUAGUGCAAAGGCAUUAUAAUCUAUAGUUGUCACUUUCGAUUUAAUGUCACUCAUAACUAGGUUGGACUAAGGUGAUGAUAUUGAUGAUGAUGAUGAUGAUGAUAGAUUGGUAGAAUGAAUCUUUUAUUCAUGGAAAGCAUUUUCCUAGUCUAAUACUAUGUAUGACACGAAAAAAAAUCAUUUUAUUUGUUCAGGUUCACAUACUUGAUUAUUUCAGGAGAUAAACAUGGCUAUCACUUCAUAGAAAUGUAACCUGCUAUUUGGUUCAAAUCACACCCUAGUCAUCAGCUUAAGGAUUACUCAUUCUGAUAUUCUUUUCAACAAUUCUACCAUUACUGCAUUACAAUCAUUCCACUCAGUGAAGCACGACGCAAGGGUUUCGUUAAAGACUAUCAUGAAAGUUGGAGUCUCAACAUCAAUUAAUAGGGUUAUGGUGGAUGGAAAACAUCAGAAGACAUUUGACCCAAGUGUAUUCUAUAACAAAGACUAUAACAGGAGGUCUAUUGAAGAAGAUAAAUAACUCCAAGUUGAUUCACAUGAGCAUAAUGGAAUUAGAAGAAUAUGAGGAAAUGGUGUGCGUGUUCGGGUGACUUGCAGGAGGAUUUAUGAUAUUCCUUUUUUAUUUUUAUUUUUUAUUUUUUUGGAUUGGUGAUAUUCCUUUGAAUGGGUGUAUGAGACUAGGACCUGCACUUCAUAUUUGAAAGUUAAUCACACCAACCGUAGAUGUUGCUGAUAUGGGAGAAUCCUUUGAUGUCGCCUCCAAUCUCCCAUGCAAUUUUUGACCAUCUCAAUACACACGUUUUGGAUAGUUUUCAUUGUUUUCAUUUUUUUGUCUUUCAC